UCCCUCCCGCGGGCGGCGCCAUCUUGCGCCCGCUCGAUGAAUGAACGCGUGAGUGAGUGAGUGCAUCCGGUUCAGCCUGCCGCUGCCUCGUCGACACGACAGCCAUGGAGGCGCGCCUGGGCUGGUGCCUCGUCCUCCUCUCGCUGUGCCUCGGAGGGGUCCGGUCCGCCCCGGAGCUGCUCAACGAGGAGGUGAAGCGGACGGUGGACCUAGGCACGCACCUGGCCAAAGUCAGCACGGAGCUGAGCCUGGCCAACCCUUCCUCCUCAACGCCGGCCUCCUCCUUCCUCCUGGCCCUGGACCCGGGCCUCGAGAGUCACCUGGCCUACCUGUCCGUGCAGGUGAAAGGUGAGGAAGAGGAGGAGAACAUUUUGGAAGUGAAGGAUGCAAAAGGAAAAGGGAUAAGUGGCAAAUUCUUCACUGUAAAAUUGCCAUCUCCCUUGGCUCCAGGUGCAAAAAUCCGCUUAUCUAUUGAAACAGUUUUUACCCAUGUCCUGCAGCCUUAUCCAACGCAUAUCACCCAGGCUGAGAAGCAGUUUGUUGUUUUUGAGGGUAAUCAUUACUUUUACUCUCCAUAUCUGACCAAGACCCAAACGACCCGUAUAAAACUAGCCUCACGAAAUGUGGAAAGUUACACCAAACUGGGCAAUCCCAGCCGGUCAGAGGACAUGAUUGAAUAUGGACCAUUCAAGGAUAUCCCACCAUACAGUGAGGACCUGCUUAAAGUGCACUAUGAAAAUAAUAGUCCCUUCCUGACUAUCACUAGCAUGACUCGGGUCAUUGAAGUUUCUCACUGGGGUAAUAUUGCAGUAGAAGAGACCAUUGACUUAAAGCAUACAGGAGCUGUGCUCAAGGGCCCUUUCUCUAGAUACGACUACCAAAGACAGCCAGACAGUGGAAUAUCCUCUGUGAAAUCUUUUAAGACUAUCCUGCCUGCUGCCGCUCAAGAUGUAUACUACAGAGAUGAAAUUGGCAACAUAUCCACCAGUCACCUUCUCAUCUUGGAUGACUCUGUGGAAAUGGAGAUUCGCCCCCGUUUCCCCCUUUUUGGUGGUUGGAAGACACACUAUAUCAUCGGUUAUAACCUGCCUAGUUAUGAGUAUCUUUUUAAUCUUGGUGAUCAAUAUGCCUUGAAGAUGAGAUUUGUUGAUCAUGUAUUCGAUGAACAAGUUACAGACUCUCUAACAGUAAAGAUAAUCCUUCCAGAAGGUGCCAAGAAUAUCCAUGUGGACAGUCCAUAUGAAAUCAGUCGGGCCUCUGAUGAGCUGCAUUAUACUUAUUUGGAUACAUUUGGUCGCCCAGUCAUUGUGGCACACAAGAACAACCUUGUUGAGCAGCACAUCCAAGAUAUUGUGGUCCAUUAUACCUUUAACAAGGUGCUGAUGUUGCAAGAACCUCUGCUGGUCGUCGGAGCCUUCUAUAUCCUAUUCUUUACUGUGAUUCUCUAUGUGAGGCUGGACUUCUCUAUCACUAAGGAUCCAGCAGCAGAAGCUAGAAUGAAAGUGGCCUGUAUUACAGAACAGGUUCUCACUGGAGUAAAUAAGAGAUUAUGCCUUUACCGACUUUUUGAUGAAGCUGUGAAUAAGUACAAACAGACACGGGAUAUUUCCACCUUAAAUAGUGGCAAAAAGUCUCUGGAGACUGAACAUAAGACCUUAACCAAUGAAAUAGCCUCAUUGCAGUCUAAGCUGAAGACUGAAGGCUCUGAUCUGUGUGACAAAGUGAGUGAAAUCCAGAAACUUGAUAAUCAAGUCAAGGAACUGGUUCUAAAAUCUUCUGUGGAAGCGGAACGGUUGGUGGUCGGCAAGCUCAAGAAGGAUACAUAUAUAGAAAAUGAGAAGAUCCAUUCUCAGAAGCGUCUGGAGCUGAUUAGCAAAAUCGACAACAUACUUGAUGCCCUAUAAGUUAGAAGUCAAAAGGUUGAUGGAAAGGGGAGAAAGGUGGUUGUAAAGACAUACUGAGCCACACUAAAUUGGGAACUGGGGUGAGGAAAAUGUGUAUGCCAUAGAGAAUUGGAACAAGGAAGAAUUUAUUUUAAGCUGUCUUCAAAAUUUAGCAUUCAUUUUUAAGGGCCUGUUUGCUCCAUGACACCUGAAAUCUGGGAUAGAUGUGCUGUUCCAUGCUUUGGGUUUACUAUAGUUUGAAGUGUCAGUAACAUGACUUCAAAAUCUUUUGGAAAAUGCCCUAAUGAUCAGUAUAGGCAGGUGCACACAGGCCUUCUAUUGGCACUGAAUGUCUCGGAAUCAAUAUCUGGUUAUGUACAAAUUUGUACUAGCAACUGCUUUUUUUGUCCGCCACCUUUGAAUUUAUACUCAUGUAUUUUGGAAAUUGGAAUGACUAAGUAACUUGAACAAAAGAUUUUUUUUACUGUUUGUUACACAGAUUGAGUUUCUGAUACCUGAAUCUUCUGAGCCUGUUGAAAUUACAGCUUCAGGUAAAAUCCAGUGCAAGUGAGAGAAUGAGUGAGUCCUUGCUUAUAAGCCUGUACUUUUUUACGAUGUUUUUUCUUUGGGAGAUUAAAAACCCACAAAACUUUGUAGGAAAGCUCAAACUGAAAUAAAGGCUCAUGGAUAUUCUA